CAGCGAGUCGUGAGCGGCGUGUGUGUGUGUGUUUGUGUGUGCGUGAGAGAGAGAGAGAGAGAGAGAGUGUGUGUGUGUGUGUGUCAGCGAAAGAUUUCUGAAGAUGCUGGAGAGGUAGCUAGUCUGACGGGAUGGCCGGAAUCAUCAAAAAGCAGAUCCUGAAGCACCUGUCCAGGUUCACUAAGAACCUCUCCCCAGAUAAGAUCAACCUGAGCACGCUGAAAGGAGAGGGGCAGCUGUCCAACCUGGAGCUGGAUGAGGAGGUCCUGCAGAACAUGCUGGAUCUGCCCACCUGGCUGGCCGUCACCCGCGUCUACUGCAACAAGGCUGCUAUACGGAUACAAUGGACAAAGCUGAAGACCAGUCCCAUAUGUUUGUUCCUGGAUAAAGUAGAAGUUGAAAUGAGGACCUGUGAGGAACCCCGGCCCCCAAACGGCCCCUCUCCUAUUGCCAUUACUGCAGGUCAAAGCGAGUAUGGCUUUGCUGAGAAGGUCGUGGAGGGAAUGUCUGUGAUCAUCAACUCCAUCACGAUUAAAGUUCAGGCCCGAGCGUUUCACGCCUCUUUUGAGCUCUGGCAGCUCCAGGGCUGCAGCCUCAAUCCCGAAUGGCAGAAGAGCGACCUGCGCUCCACACGCAUUACACAUCCGAAGAGAGGAGAGGUCCUAACGUUCAAGGAGAUCAACUGGCAGAGUCUGCGCAUAGAGGCGGAUGCCAUUGAGAGUGAUGAGCAGGAUCUGGGCAGCACGCCACUGCGCCUCAUUACCAAUCAAGGACGUAUACGCAUCGCUCUCAAACGCAGGGUGAAGGACUGUAAUGUCUUGGCCUCUAAGCUGCUGUUUAUACUGGACGAUCUGCUGUGGGUGCUGACAGACUCUCAGCUCAAGGCCAUCAUCCACUACGCCAAGUCUCUGAGUGAAGCCAUGGAGAAGUCCACCCAGCAGAGGAAGAACAUGGCUGCUGAAACAUUACAGACUGCGCCUCCCUCUCCUGGGAUCCACUCUCUGUGGACUGAACCUCCUCCACCCGAAGCGGUCGGGACCCCCGGCACACCAGCCCAGUAUUUUGACCUCCACGAUGUUAAAGAAUCAUCCUACCACACUUUCAUUUCCCGACUCGACUUGCAUAUCUGCAACGACAGCUCCUCAGAUUCCGAUGAAGCUCCACCUCCAGGCACGCAGGGUGCGAUGCAGCUGACCUUCCGGAAGCUGGGCUGUGACUAUUACCCAUUCCACAGACCAGGUGAUGGCUGUCGGCACUGGGAGCGUCAUUGCGGGGCGAUGGAGUCUCGUGCUCAGUGGGCGGCCAAACUGCUGCAGGAGUUUCAGAGGAGGGUGGAGGAUCUGGGCAUCCCUGGACCUCAUUCAGAACCAAAUGUGUCCACGAAGGACUCGCCAGCCAAAAAAAUCAAGGAUGGAGAAUCGCUGUCCAAUUUCAGUCCUGAGCGGUCUCAGUCCUCACGCCGUACUUCAGCAGCCGCCCCGUCCUCAGGAUCUUCACUGAAGAGACUUCGCUCCAGCUGUAUGGUGAUCCGUGUGGACGACCUGGACAUCCAUCAGGUGUCCACUGGAGGCCGUCACAGCAAGAGAACACAGUCUCUCCUCUCCUGCAACCGCAAAUCCUUACAUCUCCCAGACAACACUCCUGCAAUUCACCUUCAGUUCACUGAAUACUACUUCCCUGAUAACCCUGGACUUCCUGUUCCCUGCUCUAAUCUUUAUGCCCAACUGAAUGGUCUACAGCUGUGUCUGGAUGCCCCAAGUGUCUUGUGGAUGACUCUGUUCUCACGGGGUCUACACAGGACACUAGAUCAGGUCAAAGCCUUUUAUCACCUCCAGGACAGCAGCAAGACGGAUGAACACAUCGAUAUCCGCCUGGAUGCAACACAGCUGAAGCUCAUCAUUCCUCUGGAAUCCUCUAUUUUGGAUCACCCAGACCGCCCACAGUCACUGAGCUUCAGCCUUCCUCAGAUCGUCCUCAGCAACACACGCCACACUCCUCACGGUUCCCAUCCGGACCUCAACAGCACCUACAGCAGCUUCUCCGCCCGCCCUUUCUUCCAUCCCAUGGCAAGCCAACCUUUCCCUCGCGAUCAGAGCGUCCUCCAUCCCCUGCCGUCUGCAUUCCUUCAACACUGUCUGGAAAAUGAGUCCCUGUCAUUAGCGCACAAACGUCCCUCUCGCUCUCAGGACGUCUGGUCUGUCAGUCUGUCCCGAGUGACUCUUGGAUUUGAGGGGGCUCGUCGAGGGCUCAAAGGGAAAGCUCUUCCGUUCGUGGAGCCCUUUGCCAUGUCCUUGUGGAUGUGCCGCCCUUCUGCUUUCAAAAAAGACUCUCAUUGUUCGAAUAUAGAUGCCAAUUCAAAAUCCCCAACCGGUUCUACCAAUCAACUCCUCCUAGACUCACUGCAGGGUGUAAAUGACGUCAUAUCUAGUAAAAUUGACCAAACCGACAAUCUAGUCAACUCUCCCAUGGCCUCCAUUCAUAUCUUAGCCCAAUCCGUCACUCCUGUUAAAAUGUGGCUCAACCACUACCAGUUGGUAGCUCUUUUGCGGAUGAAGGACUACCUUGCCCGACUAGCUGGAGAUUUAACCAAGGACAUCCAGGGUUUGGGACAACCUGAACAUAAACCGUCAGAUCCCCCUUCGGUUUGUGUCUCAAUCCUAAUGGAGGCGAUAGAACUUGCUCUACUGCUUCCUCCUGCAACAUCUGAGCCAGUAGAAGAAGCCCAUUCUCCUGAGGAAACGGACAGUCCUAGCUUGACCGACUCUGAUCUGUCGCCAUCCCACCAUGCUGGUGAGCCUGGCCUGCUGGAGGACAGUGGGACAGGAGGGAAUGAGGGUCAGGAGGAUGAUGCUGAGCAGGAGGGUUCGGUAGAGGAGGCUUGUGAAGCCAUUGAAGAAGGAAUGGAUGGACCAACGAGGCAGGAUGAUGAAGCUCAGGCCGCCGCUACUUCCUCGUCUCCUCCGCUUUCUCCAGGGAAUGCUGUAUUACUGUCCCGUCAUAGCUCCACUUUCAGCUUGGAAGGGGAGCUGUCCAGUGCCCUGAAUGCCACUAAGGGUGUCACCAAAGAUGCACUCAGCGCUUCCCUGGAUCUCACCAAGGGUGCGCUGUCCAUCACGAAAGAUGCCUUCAGCAUCCUGAGCCGAGGAUCUGGCAUGACUAAACUCUUCGCUUCUCAAAACAAGGAGCAAAGUGCACGGCCAGAAGAGUCCAGUCCCUCCAUAAUGGGGAACCUGCGGCUUCAGUCCAUGAAACAGUCGCCUUCCCAAAAUUCCUGUGACAGUGCCAUUUUAGAAAGUAGUCUGGCAGACGAUGGCUUGUCCAUUGAUAGUGACAUCAGUGAAAGCUUUGUCAUCCUCAUGGACUCUGAGUCUGGUGUGGAGUCUUUGCGUCCUAAUGGUACAGGUGUCUCCGGCAGCUGUGUUAGUCCAGCUCCAGGAACAGAAGGCGGGUCAUCAGCAGACCUCAGCAGCUCUCUGUCUCAGAGCACUGAAGACAUUGCUCAAGAUAUGGUGUCUGUGUUAGUUCUGUGUCUGAGUCGAAUGGGGUGUCUGACGGAGAUGCGUGGUGAAGAUAUCGUGGUGGCGCUGGAAGCCCAAGAGCUUGUGCCUAAACAACAUGGCAACCAUAAAAUCACAGACCUGCUGACAGGACUGGCACUGACACAGGCUGGUUCUUCCUUUCCAAGUGCCCCUCUGUCUCCAGGGCCUCGGUCUCUCUCCUGUCCCCCAGCAGUGGCCCUCAGGAUGGAGAUUGGGCCGCGUGCAGGCAGACACUCUCCUCUGUCUGAGAGCGUGGGCUUCAUGGAAAUGUGCCUGACAGGGUGCAAAGCAGAGCUCCUGGCUUCUACCUUAAACAUGCUGGGACCCUUCCUGGAGGAUGAGCUCAGCGCAGACCCCCAGCCAAUGAGAUUGUGGUUACGGGACACUGCUAUUAUACUAAAGGAUGAUGGUCCUCGUGUCUAUCCGACCGCUCCUCAACCAGUUCCUGUGCUUUUCUCUCUGGACGGUAUUGUGCUGGAGCGUUUGGAUGAUGGAAUCCUCAGCUUGAGACCUGCACAGAGCCAAUCAGGGAUUGAGACAGACGGGGACAUAGAUAGAGCUGGCCGAUCCUGCUUUAGAGCUGAGGAGAAAAACAAGUCUCUGGAGUCCAGACUCACUGAUGUCCAGUCAGCUCUAGAGAAAGCUCUGACUGACCGAGAGCGCCUGCUACAGGAAGUCAAGAAACACAACCCCUCCUUCACCUUAUGAUGUACAAAGGGAAAGAAACCAGACUUGAGUCCAAAUGAGGCACAAGAGAAAAUGUCUUGUAGAUAAACCAGAAGAACAAGAGGUUUGCCUCUGCUGACUCAAAGUUCUCAUCCCUUUCUGUACCUUUAAUCUCUAACAUCUGAGUGUGAAAUCACAUGCCAUCCAGUUCUCUUCAGUCUCUGUGAGCAUCCUCCAUGAGUCUUCCUGUAGUGAUGUUUCUCUAUGUGACUGCACUACACCGGUUCACCAAGUUCCCAGGACUGAAUCUAGUCAGUGAAACGGAUGACACAUGUUCUCUUUCACUGCCACAGACCCUCUUCACUGCACACUGGAUCAUCUCUUUACUUCUGGUCAGCAUGCUUCUUGCACAUUAGUCAUUUUUAGUUUCACGAAAGGACCGUGUACAGCUUUUAGGUUUUAUAGACGUUUCUGAGUGUUAUUUGGUACCACGGCUAUGUAGCGCUGGUAGAUACAAGCUUUUUUCCAGAACCUAGAGAGCUCCCUAGACAGUAGGGCUGGGUUGAUAUUAUCAGUCAAUCGAUUUUAAUUAACCAAGAAUUGAUCUCUAAGGCAGCGAUUUUUCCGUUAAUGCAUUAACAAAACUUCACUAAAUAUUACUUGUCGUGUGCCUCCAAUAAUCGCAAUAAGAUUUGUGCUGUUACUUUUAGUAUAAAAGUCUCAAAUUCUAUACAUUUUCACACAAUUUAAACUACAAAUUGUGUUUGACACGCUUUAAUUUUAUUGAUGUCUCAGUUCAAGCAGCACGUAAACCAAUCAUCUCUUCCUCUUUACUAAUAGUUACAGCAUGAAAUGGACAUGAAUGAACAUCAGAAGGCUGAAAGAAACAGUACUACUUAUAUAUACAGUCAUGGUCAAAAAUAUCGGCACCCUUGGUAAAUAUGAUCAAAGAAGGCUGUGAAAAUUAAUCUGCAUUGUUAAUCCUUUUGAUCUCUUAUUAAAAAAAUUCACAAAAAUUUAACCUUUCAUUGGAUAAUAAGAAUUUAAAAUGGGGGGAAAUAUCAUUAUGAAAUAAAUGUUUUUUUCUCAAAUACACGUUGGACACAAUUAUUGGCACCCCUAGAAAUUCUUAUGAGUAAAUUAUCUCUAUAGUAUAUUCCCAUUUAUAUUCACAAUUUUGAGCACUCCAGGGUGAUUAUGAACAUGAAAUUAUCCAGCCAUGGCUUCCUGUUUCACCGAAAUAUAAAUAGGAGGGAAAACAAAGCCCAAAUUCCCUUAAUCAUCCAUCACAAUGAGAAAAACCAAAGAAUAUAUUUCUGAUGUGCAGCAAAAGAUAACUGAGCUUCACAAAUUAGUGAAGUGGCUUUAAGAAAAGAGCUAGAGCAGUGAAAAUUCCCAUUUCCACCAUCAGGGCAAUAAUUAAGAAUUUCCCAUAAACAGAAAAUGUUACGAAACUGCCUGGAAGAGGACGUGUGUCUAUAUUGUCCUAAUGCACGGUGAGAAGGAGAGUUUGAGUGGCUAAAGACUCUCCAAGGACCACAGCUGGAGAAUUGCAGAAAAUAGUUGAGUCUCGAGGUCAAAACCUUGAAAUAAAUUGUCAAACAGCACCUACAUCACCACAUGUUGUUUGGGAGGGUUUCAAGAAAUAUUCUCCUCGCUCAUCCAAAAACAAGCUCCAGCAUAUUCAGUUAUCAGACACGACUGGAACUUCAAAUGGGACUGGCUUCUAUAGUCAGAUGAAACUAAAAAAUGAGCUUUUUAGCAGCAAACACUCAAGAUGGGUUUGGUGAACACAGGGAUAAAAAGUACCCCAUGUGUACAAUGAAAUUUACUGCUGUGUUUUUGAUGUUGUGGGUCUAUUUCUGCUGGAGGUCCUGGACAUCUUGUUUAGACACAUGGCAUCAUGGAUUCUAUCAAAUACCAACAGAUAAAAAAUCAAUAAGUGAAUGAUUUGGAUCUUCCAACCAUACAAUAAUCCAAACACAAACCUCAAAAACAACACAAAAAUGGGUCACUGAGCACAAAACCAAGCUUCUGCUGGCCAUUCCAGUCCUCUGACCUGAACCCUGUAGAACAUGAGUGAACUGAAGAGAAGAAGCACCAACAUGGAGCUGGGAAUCUAAAGGGUCUGGAGUGAUUCUGGAUGAAGGAAUGGUCUCUGAUCUCUUGUCAGGUGUUCUCUAACCUCAUCAGGCGUUAUAGGAGAACAUUUAGAGCUGUUAAACUGGCAAAUGGAGGUUUCAAAAAGUAUUGAAUAAAAGGAUGCCGUUAAUUGUGACCAAUGUGUAUUAGAGAAAAACAUUUAUUUCAUAAUAUUUCCCCCCAUUUUAAAUU